AUAUUGUAAAGGCCGGCUUGUGAGAUCGAGAACAAGCAGUAGGAUCCUUGUUAGUUUUCUUGAGUCUAGGCUCUUGUGUGCAAGUAGAUGAAAAAGAAGUUAAAGCUUUGGACGUAAACAGAUGAAGAAGACUUUGAGUGAAUUCAAGUGCACAACAAUGUCUAGAUUUAGCUAGAUAUUAAUUUUUACAAAACUCUGUACUGUACUAUUAUUGUAACUGUAGAACUAGUCAAAGGUGUAAUGUCUGCAAGCAAGCGCACCUCAGCUCAAACUCGUAGGUCUCCAGUGGGCAGCAGAAAGUCCAAGACCCCCAGAAAGAGUCAACCUGUUUCGAAUGGUCUCCACGAGUUUGUACCCGAACCUGCACAGAGAAGUCGCAGUGCCUCACUUGGAAAAGAUGAGGUUUUAAAAAUGAACUUGAAGACUGUUCGCAAACUGGACAGCUCUGUGAAGAGUAUCAAGUCCACUGUGCCACAAGUAGUACUCUACCAAUAUGAGAGCACUUCUAACACCUGGGAAAGAACGUCAGUUGAGGGGACUCUAUUUGUGUGUGAGAGAGAAUCAACCCCCCGGUUUGGUUUUGUGGUACUCAACACACUACAUAGUGAGAACUCCAUGGAAGCCAUCAGUCCAGGAAUGGGGUUCAGAGUUCAAGAGCCUUUCGUGCUCUACAAGAAUCAAUCAGCAUCAAAGAUUUAUGGACUGUGCUUCCAAGAAAAGGCAGCCUGCAAGGAGAUGGGAGAUCUUCUAAAUAGGCUCAGUGACACAAGCGAGCAAGUUACUGUCAACAAUGGACACUCUAAAGGAGUACCUAUGAGAAGUGCAAGUGCCAUUGAAAUCAGCCUGAACAAAUCAGAGCAUGCCCCAAAGGUGAAUGUUCUUGAGAUGCUUGAGACAGCCAACAGGAGUUACCUGGGACAAGCUUUUAGUGAUAGCACAAGUAGUCCAGACAGUCUCACCUCCGAACCGAUUCAAUUUGCUACCAAUGGAGCAAGCACACCAGCCUCCUCAACAGUGGAGCAAAGAAACACACACUCCACCCCCACACAACACACGAAAAUUGUUACUCCAGCUAGUUACCCUGUGAAGGUGCCUGGUGUAAGAGUAACCUCCAGAAGUGGUUCGGUCUCCCCUCAGAAGCAAUCACGCUCAUGUAUGGCGAACCAGUACCAGUUUCAGCAUGCAGCUAGUUUUGAUAAUGACCACUUUGGUACUACCCCAAAUAGUGCCAGAAAUGUUCAUUCUUCAGACCACUCACGAUCUUUGAAUCAAGAUAGCGGGAUUGUUCGAAAGCUGUUCAACCAAAGCGAUCAAAAUGGUGUGUUGUCUCAAAGUAUGAACUUUCCACCAGUGUCCACUAGACCCCCUAGUUCUGUACCUCUUCGAGCCAUCUCUUUGGACGAAGUGGAGAAACAGAUGACUGCUGAAGUGUCAACCCCAGAACUGAACAUUCCUUUCUCCCUACUAACCACUUCAGCCAACAUCCACCCACCAGAACCGCAGCAACCAAGCAUACUAAUUCAACCGUCAAUGUUUGUUUCAACGGCUGCUUCGUCUCCAAUUAAAACGCACUCUACUGUAACCACCCAACCCCUCGCUUUCUCCGUCCAACCACCCACCCCAAUCACAACCCAACAAGAACACUCCUUUCCACCCAUCCCCCCUCUCAUGCACUCAGCUGGAAUGAAGGCUCCCCCAAUCAAACCAACUAAUGGGGCACAAUCACCAAGAAGAAACUUGUCAGAUAGUGUGUUUCAGGUCCCAUCCAUACCCCAUAGGGCAGUAUCUGACCCGAUGCCUCGUGGGAAGAGUCAAACAGUUAUUCAACCAACUCUGUCUCCUCUACCAGAGCUACUAACUUCCCAGCCAAGAAACACCUCUCCUAUCUCCAGCACUUUGAUGUCUCCACACCAGUUCUCGGCUGAGCCAAUCCAGUCCUCGUCAGCUCAAGACACUGUCGGCUUGUCCCGAGAGCAGCUACUACAGGCAUUCGAAUACCUUUUAAAGCAUGAUGAACACUUUGUCGAUCAGCUACACGGUGCUUACAAACAGAGCUUGUUGUCCAGGCCAAGUUAAGAUUUCAUGUACGUUGUUUGCUCACAAUAAUAAUAUUUGUCAUUGUUGAUUGCAUUCUUAAGUCAGCAACACAUUCUUUUGUACAAAGCACUCUUUCCCGUAUGCUUGUGUGUGCCCCGUCUUUCUAUGGUACACGUAAAUGUCAUCAUUUAUCAUAUCUCAUUAUCCCCAUUUUUGUUUGUUGUGCAGUCUCUCACUAUUUGUUCUGUUCAUUUUUGUCACACAUAGACCCUACUCUAAUCUGUCCUUUUUCUCUACUCUCUACUGUUUUUUUUGUAACCUAUUCUUCUCUGCUGUCUUUUUGUAACCUUCCACCCUUUGUCUAUUCUCCUCAUUCCUCCUGCUCCCUUCUCUCUAUCUACAUUCGGGGAUUUCAUUUCCUUUCUGGUGCUCCCCAGCACCCCAAAUAUACAAAAGAGUUCACCUUUGCA